AUUUUUAGUUAGGCCACAUCGUAUAUGCAUAGAUCCUCUACUAUUUAGGGAGGCUUAGACCACCAUUCCCUCUUUUGGGGAACCACUCCUCCCCCUCUCUCAAAUCCUUUAGGGCUAGGGUUGGAUUGAAACAUCGUUCUGGGUUCAUUGCUGGUAAGCUACCUAGCCAAAUAGAAUGUUCUGUCGCGAUGUUUUAAGUUUGGGAAUAGUAUCAUCGUGGUGUGGAGGACGCUUCGGCAGGAUGGCCGCUGCGAAAGGCCGGCGGCAAGACGAAACACCAACAAUAGCUAGCCACGCAGUGCAAUAUGAUUAAUAUAAACUCUGUCGCGAUGUUUUAAGUUUGGGAAUAAGUAUCCAUCGUGGUGUGGAGGACGUUUCGACAGGAUGGCCGCUGCGAAAGGCCGGCGGCAAGACGAAACACCAACAAUAGCUAUCCACGCAGUGCAAUAUGAUUAAUAUAAACUCUGUCGCAUUCCGGAACUUCUGACAAUCGCCAUGAAUUGUGAGAUUUAAUUCCUCAGAAGAUAUGUCAGACGAUAGCGCUCGCGAACUCCUAAAGAAGCUUGGAAUUUCAAUUAAGCGAUUCAACACCGAGGCGCUACCGAUACAGCACCGCGAAACUUUCAACCUCAUCCGCUCCAUUCGACAUAGAACCUUGGAGGAUUAUAGUAAGGACAUAGCUUCUUUUCAGGGCAACGAGCCUUGGAGGGAACAGACUCAUGACAGAGUGAAAUGGAUCGCAUGUCGUGCCGCAAACCUGGUUAAUCAACGACGCAACGAGGCUGGAUGGAGAUCCUCACUUGAGAACGAUGUUUUUCAUAGAUUCCGGGUAGAGGUGGCUUGUCCUACAUGCAGAGCGCGAAUCUGGAAGUCCGAAUUGGAGGCUUACAACGGUUUGCCUUACGCGGAAGCCUGCAAGCUCGACGAGCGUAGAAGCAGGCGAAAGCAGUGUAAGUGCCCUCUUGAACAACGCCCAAGGGACUCGUACUACGAUGUUGGCGAAAAUCUACUUUUCGAUGACCGGGCCGAGGAAUUGAUAGUGUAUGGACCACUCGUGGAGAAGAUACAGCUCCCUAAUAAGAAACCCGAUCGGAUUUUUGGGCUGAAGAAGACGAAGGCUUUUGCCAAAAUUCUCGAUGUCGAUGGACGAGACGACGAGGAGGAUUGUAGAUGCAGUCCAUUCAAAUACUGCACUGAUCCCCUGUUGUUUCCGUUUCUGAUAAUCGAAGCUAAGCAGGACACGUCUGUCGGCUUCGAAAAAAUUGAGACACAAACAGCCCUUCCUAUUUGGGAACUGUUAAGGCUGCAAGACAGUAUUCGGGCUGAAGUAUCAGGGGAACCACACAGCGCUAGCCCUCUGGUUUGGUUCUUUGCAAAUAGAGGCGACAGCUGGAGAGUAUAUGGUUGUUAUGUCACUCAAACCGAGCCGAAACAAUAUGAAAUCCUGCAACUCUGGGAUGGAUGCAUCGCGGAGAAAGAUAACUCGUUACAGCUCCAGUUAAUCAUCGAUUACAUCGCCGACUGGGCAAGAGAUAUCUAUCGGCCAUCUAUUCUGAGGCAUCUCAAAUCAACCGUCUCGAAAAUUGCUUACGAUCAAGUGAGCCUCAGUAACGACAGCGACAUAUUCUCUCUAGCGAGUGCCUAUCACCUCACGAGAACAAUUUCCAAUUGGAUACCGGAGCCCCCACCGAUUAUAGACGUAGAUGAAACGCCCGAAGGAAUGGUGUGUGAUCCAGGACCUAUACUCCACAAAGACUUUCUGCCAAUUCCGAUACCCAACACCGAGCGUGGCUCGCUGCGAUCUGCGUCCCUCUUCGAGUCGAGAAUAUUUGGGUUGCGCCUAACAAAGCAGAACGUCAAGCACAUGCUGGAAUUUUCUAUGGGAAUUUACAGAGACUAUAAAAAAGCUGAGACGAUGGCAAGAGACAUCUUGAAGUUGUUUUCCAGGAGCGACUGCAUCGCGAUGCCGGAGACAGAUCUCGAUUUCCUCGAAGAGAGCUGGACAGGCGACGUGAGCGCCGAGGCUAGAGCAUCUACAUCCUCAAACUCAAGGACAUUCUACGUCUUUGUAGAAUUCUCUACGUUCAUCACGAAUACCUGGGACAUCGCGAAAGAAAUAUCCUAUCUAGCAGUGUCAAAGGCGGCAUUGGAUGAGCUAAUCACCGUUGCGGAUUUCAAGAAACGUCCCUCUGGAUUGAUCUCCAUAGCGCUGAGAGCUCGACCAUGUUCUCACACAGUGUGGCGCGAUGCCAUCGAAUGUCUUCGCCUUGGCUCUCCAUGGGAACAUUUCUGCGCCGCCAUCACUUGCACACAACUCUCUGUUUCCUCCCUUCCUGUACGAAUGCGCGCGGACUAUACCCCCGAUACAGAGGCGCUCAGCUUUACGUCUACAUCUCGCAACCCUCGCACUCAUGGUACUUCCCAAACACCGAUGCGAAGGAUCAUCGAAAGAUGGCACAAAUACAGCCGAAAGCAAUCUACCCCCAAGGUUCAGAGCGUGCCGCGGUUCUCGUGGGAGGUCAAUCCUGAGCCUCACCAGCUCAGCUUUAUCCGCGAUUUGGAGAGGACGCAGGUUACUUCCGAGCGGCAGGAUCACAAUAUUCAAAUAUGCAAAAGGUGCCGUUAUGUUAGCAACAAAUCUGAAGAAGAUCACAGAUUCACUCCCAUAGUUGCGCCACCGAUCCCGGAAUACGGAAUGGUCCUUGUGGCGACAUUGGAUCUCACAACCGCGCCGCCCACCAAACAUGAUAUCUGCCUAAUCGCGUUUGACAUCAUCCCUGAGAUAGCUGGUGGCUCCUCUGCUCUAGCGCUGGUUGUAGAUGACCUCCUGCAAAGCGGUUUGAUUUUCCAUACGAUCAGACAUCCACUACCACCCCGCUAUGCGAAUGAGCUGUCUAGUUGCGAUACCAUCUGGAACCUGCCUCUCCCCUAUCGACCGGUGACUAACAAGCAGCGGUAUGAUGUUAAGAACUGGUCUCUUGAGCUGCAGGGACUGGAGCCUGUGGUAUGGGUAUCGAAUGGGACGGGACAGCAGGUGGAUUAUUGGGAUAAUCUUCAGCUGUUGUUGCACUUUAUGAAACAGGGUUUGACGUGGAAAGAUGCCCGUGUAAAAGUGGAGGAUUUGGUAAAAAUAUCGAAGAGACGCUCGGGGUUUUAUUGGAGUGAUGAGUACACACGAUCGUUACGGAACUGAGUUGAGAGAGGGUCAUUUGGGCUAUGGAAGCAGACAAACGUGGAUUUCUUUGAUAGUAUUAUUAUAGCCCUAGUUCAAUAAGUAGCCGC